AUGGUAUUGUGUGAUUUGUAUGCCAGCGUGAAUUUGAUGCCACUUGCUGUAUGUAAGAAUCUGGGUUUGGAAGAUCCAACACCUACUAACAUGCGACUGGUGAUGGCAGAUAGAUCAAUAAAGCGGCCUGUUGGAAUUUUGCAUGAUGUGUUGGUAAAAGUAGCAGACUUUAUUCUUCUUGUUGAUUUUGUGGUACUGGAUUGUGAUGUGGACUUUGAGGUACCCAUUAUCUUGGGAAGGCCACUCUUGGCAAUAGGAAGAGUAAUAGUUGACAUGGAGUUGAAUGAGCUCAAGUUUAGGCUAGAUAAAAAGGAGACAAAAUUCAAAAUACAUCAACCCAUGUCACAACAAAAAGAUAUGAAUGUCUUCUCAAUCGUUGACGUCUUCUAUGAGAUGAAAAAAGGGUAUCAACAGGUUGUCUUGGCAAAUUCUGAGUAG